GGUGGUCGCCAUCUUCCUCCCGGUACCGCUGUCCCUGUUCCGGUUCGUGCCCGGCAUCGCGAAAAGCCGCGCGUGGAACUCGCUGCAGUCGGCUGUCAUCAACCCUGCUUUGUUUGGAAAGCAUCACCGGGAGCCGAUCGCCGGUGGUGUUGGGAUGGUUCCGACCCGCGGCCAGGCGGCGUACAUCUUCCUCAUCAGCAUCCUGAACAUCGUGUUCCUGCUCGCCCCCUACGUCUACCACCACCCGCAGAGCACGUUCGAGUCUCGCGCCGCGCAGGAACUCAGCAUCGUCGGCAAUCGCGCGGGCGUCAUGGCCAUGGGCAACGUCGUGGCCUUGAUUGUCUUCGCCGCGCGCAACAGCGUGCUGCUUUGGGUCACCGACUGGAGCUACAGCACCUACCUCCUGCUGCACCGCUGGCUGGGAUACUGGGCCGUCAUCCACACCGUCAUCCACUCGUUCAUGCUCUGGUUCAACUACCAGAUCUACGGCGACUACGCGGCCGAGUUCGCUCGCGACUACUGGAUCUGGGGUAUCGUGGGGACGGUGGCUGCGGUCGCCAUCUUCCCGUUCUCGCUGUUGGCCGUGCGUCAAGCCUUCUACGAGUUCUUCGUCGUGUCGCACUUUGCGCUCUCGCUCCUGUUCCUCAUCGGCUACUACUACCACAUCUGGUACUGCUACGAGUACGCGUGGGGCUACGAGAUCUGGGCCUUCAUCGCCUUCGGCAUCUGGGGCUGCGACCGCCUCUUCCGCCUGGUGCGCAUCGCUUUCCGCGGCUACCGCACCGCCACCGUGACCGUCCUCCACGACACCGACGGCGAGUAUCUCCGCAUCGACAUCGAGAACGCGCAGCUCGGAGACGGCGUGGCGUACCUCACCUUCCCGUCCCUGAGCUGGCGCCUGUGGGAAUCCCACCCGUUCUCGGUCGCCUUCAACUCCAGCGAGGUCAGCGAGACCAGCCGGGCCAGCGAUACCAGCGACUCCCCGCCAUCGACGCCGACCCAGUCCAACUCGGACCCUGAGAAGAAGGAAACGGCCGUGACGAAGCAAACCGUGACGGUCACCUCACCAUCGGGCGCCUCUCAGGGAGGAAAGGGGACGACGACAUUCCUCGCGCGGGUUCGCUCGGGUUUCACGGGCGUGUUGGCGAAACGCGCCAGCGCCGCGUCGGGAUCGGUCCGGCUCGGGGUGCUGGUGGAUGGACCGUACAACCAUUCCGGGGACGUGACCACACAGCUGAAGCAGUGCUCGAGCGUGCUCUACAUUGCCGGCGGCGUGGGCAUCACUGCGCUGCUCCCCUACCUUCGCCGGUUUACCGUGCCCUCGCGCUUCUUUUUCGCCACUCGCAAGGCGGGCCUGUUGGCAGCCCUCGAGCCUGCCCUUGCCGCGCUCCCGGCGAGCGUCGAGGCGAUAACGACGGUGGGCCAGCGGCUGGAUCUGGAUGGCAUUCUCGAGAGGGCCCUGGCGGACAGGACGGAUGACGGGCCGCUCGGCAUCGUGGUGUGCGGCCCGCCCGGGAUGGCGGACCACGUCCGUCACAAGGUGGUGCAGCUGUCGAGGAACGGCCCCGUAACAAGGCCGUAUGUGUUGAUUGAUGAGGCAUUCGGGUGGUAGGCGGAUUGGUCAAACCAGGGCCAAAAGGGGGUGGGCCAAGACGGGACCUGACCCGAAGGAGCAAAUCCGGAUGGGAAGUCCCCGCUGUAGCAUCAGUUAGGUAGCAUUAUCUGGCGGAAGAUCGAGGCCACUGGGAUGGAUAAUUUAAGAACUUGGCAUGGUAGCAAGCCAAGAAUUUCAUGUUUCACUCCUCU